AUGAAGAAUAACGAGUCUGAUCUCUUCAAGAGAUACAGAGUCGCCAACCAGAUGGCCUCUGGCAUCCCGCUGAUGGUCAGAGAUGCCAACGGCACUGUCCACAUAACAUCGGCAACGGAUACAAGCUAUAUAGUAUAUGAUGUACGGAAGAUGAAUGUUCUCUUCUGCGGGCCUAUGUUCAACAGGAUUCACUGUGUGCACCAGAGGAAAGACGCUGUUUAUGUUGGAUCGUACCGGGACGUGUAUGUCACCACGCGGGGAGAUGUGGUCCGGUGCUUUACUCUCCCGACGGGUCCAGCCCAGUCCAAUAAGAGGGUUAGAGUAUCUGAGGAGACCAUGGAGGGUGUGAUUAGGCAGAUACUUGGAUUUGGAGAAACAAUCUUGAUCCUAACGCAGAACGAGCUGUUUGUCACUGAGGAUCUAAGCGAGAUAUACAAGGUUGAGCACGACGGGAUCGAGAGGCUGUUCCAUCCGCACACAUAUAUCAACAAGGUUGUCAAGGUUCUCAAGGGAGGAAGAAUGGUGCUGUUCAACGUGUCUUCCAGAAGGGAGAUAUAUGUAUAUAGGGCUUUUGAAGCCAUGAUAACAGCGAUUGAGCAGAGCCCUGUGGUUGAUGUAGUUGGAAUAGGUCUGGAGAAUGGAACUGUACACAUAUUCAACCUGCGAACUGACAAAAUAUUGUUUUCGUUCAAGGUCGAUGGGAGGGUGAGCGAGCUCAGCUUUGGGGGGAACUAUCUCAUGGCGAUAUCCAGGAAGGGGAUGUUCAUAUUUGACUUGGACGGGAAGAAAAAGAUAGUGGCCGUCGAGAACUCGGCCGGUGGGCCUAAUGGGAGAGAAGAAUGUCCUGGGCGGGAGGUCCUGAGCGGAAGAUUCCUGGAUGGGAAAUCUCUUGUUGUGUCCACGAAAGACUCUCUAACCGUCUACGAGAUACAGGGAUACACCCUCGAGCUGAUUAAGAGGAGGAGAACGUACAACGACAAGAUAAUUGGGAUGGAGUUUAUAGAUGAGAAGAACGUGCUUUUGUUUGGACCUCGAAAUGUGUUUAGCAUGAAUAUGUACAAGGACGAACAGAACUUCAUGUUCAAGUUCAAGGGCGAUGUCGAGAUGAUGGACGUCAACAAAAACAUCGUGUGCUUCGGAAAGAGGCGCCUCUAUGCCCUCAAUUUCUCAGAGAAGAACUCGAGGUUUGUUCUGGAUAAGAACAUCAACUGCCUGGCCGUAUACAAGGACUUUUGCUGCUUCGGAAAGGACACCAUUACUCUGAUGAACCUCAAAUCGAAGCUUGUCCACAGCAGGUUUGAUGUGAGCGAGGAAUUGGUUGAUUUGGCGAUGGAUUUCACAAGAAUAGUUGCAGCUACGGCAUCUGGGAUACAUAUGUACACAACUAAGGGAGAGCUGGUCUCGAAGCACGAGCAGAAGGGAAUAGUUUCUAUCAGGCUAGUGGAGAGCUUUGUUAUUAUCUGUACCCUGACCCAGAUUCUAUUCUAUGACGAUGGGGUUUCGAGGAUAUUUAAGAUGGGAGAUGAGAUAACGGACUACAGCGUGUCCAGCGAUUCGAAGUGGAUAGCCAUUUUAUGCAAGCAGAAGGUGUUUCUCUACGACAUCUUAACCAUGACUCUUCUUGAUAUGCUUGGAUUGGAUGACGAGGCAAAGUUUAUCAGAUUCUCCCCCAACCUCGACUUUCUUCUAGUGGUAUCCAGGGACAACGACCUGGUUCUAUUCUCCAAUAAGAGCAACUUCCAGUCGUCUGUAAAGCCUGAAGAGGUUACUCUGAAUUUUUCUGAGUUUGAAGAGAGGAACGACGCACUGGAGACUGUAUGGAAGCGCAAGAGAGUAAGCCUGCACUCGGAGCUCCUUCUCUUGAGGGGACUGAAGAGUAAGCCCGAGGACACUAGAGCCGAAGAUUCCAGCCUACCAGAGCCGUCGCUGGAAAUGCUGGAGAAGCUGCUGGAUGAAGACUGGAUAAAAGGCCUGAGUAAAGAGGAAGCUCUACGAGUCAUGGAUCUCAUUAUCCCUCACAUCUCCACGUCCAUGGACGUUGUCCAAAGGAUCCUAUUUAGCUUACUGAGGUACAAGUCCCAUCUUCUAGAACCCGAGGACAUUCAGAUUUUUAAUGAAAGAUUCAGUAGAGAAUGGGACGACUUCGAGGAAAAUGCACUGAAGGCCAUGGGCUAUCUUGAAAUUGAGGCCGAUGGGCUGCUUCAAUAG